GUAUUAUUCAUUAUAUAAUAUAAACAUUAUUUUAUUGGUGAAAUAAUGAUGAGAAAGCACAAUAUGGUUGUUAUAUUGUAUUCAUCGUUGGUGUUGUCCUCCAUUGUUGGGUUGAAUUCAACAAUAGAUUAUAAAGAAGCGAAGUGUAAAGAGAAUGAGAAACAUGCACUCAUCGCAUUCAAAAAAGGUGUUAAAGAUAAGCAUGACAUGUUGUCCUCAUGGAUGGACGGUCCAAAUGCAGAUUGCUGCCAAUGGAAGGGUGUCCAAUGCAACAAUGAAACUGGUUAUGUUCAAAGUCUCUAUCUCAGCGGAUAUCAUCUUGCUGGAGAAAUCCCUUUCCAACUUGGGAAUCUCCCAAAAUUGCGAGACCUUGAUCUUAGCUACAAUCAACUCAAUGGAACGAUCCCUUUCCAACUUGAGAAUCUUUCAUUGUUGGAAUAUCUCUAUCUUGGUUUCAAUUCUGAUCUUAGAAUCAACAGCCACACCGUUGAGUGGCUAUCAAAUCUCUCUUUCCUUAAGGUGCUUCACUUGAGUAGACUUCAAAAUCUCAAUGAUUCUUCUCAUCCCAACCUACAACUCUCACCGAAGCUUCACUCGUUGUAUCUAAGUGAUUGUGGCAUUUCUGACGCCAAUCUUCUUCCUUUAUUUAAAUACAAUUCUCUAACUGUCCUUGAUUUAUCCAAAAAUCAGUUGACAUCAUCGAUGAUAUUCCAUUGGGUGCUUAACUUCACAUCCAAUCUACAAUUUCUUGACCUUUCAAAUAACUUGUUAAGAGGUCCCAUCCCUGAUGAUUUUGGCAACAUGAUGCAUUCACUUGUAAUACUCGAUAUCUCAUAUAACAAUAUAGAAGGAAAGAUCCCACAAUCCAUUGGGAAUAUAUGCACAUUGCUAUACUUUGAUGCUUCCGAUAACCGCUUGAGCGGUGAGCUUUCAAGUUUUAUACAUAACAAUUAUUCGAAAUGCAUUGGAAAUGUAUCCUCCUUACAAGCACUGUGGUUAUCGAAUAAUAAGAUUUCAGGGAUGUUACCUGACCUUUCUGUCCUCUCAUCUUUGAAUGAUUUGGUUCUUGAUGGCAAUCAAUUCAUUGGAGAAAUACCCAUCAGCAUCGGAUCGCUUACGGAGUUAAUCACUUUGUACCUAUACGGAAAUUCAUUUGAAGGUUCUCUCUCUGAAUCCCAUUUCACUAACCUCUCCAUCUUGCAAUAUCUAGAUUUGUCUGAAAACCAGUUGACUGUGCAGUUUAGUCAUGAUUGGGUUCCUCCAUUUCAACUAUGUUAUUUGUUUCUAUCAUCUUGCAAUCUCAAUUCUACAUUUCCUAAUUGGAUCCUCACUCAAAAUAACUUAUUCAUACUCGACAUUUCAGAAAACAAUCUCACUGGCGAAAUUCCUAUUUUGGAAAUCAAUCGUACCAUCUCUCCUAAGGUAAAUAUGAGUUCAAAUCGACUUGAAGGUAUCAUUCCUUCUUUUUUAUUGCAAGCUGGAGUACUGGAUCUCUCCGAUAAUAAAUUUUCAGAUUCACUUUCCUUUCUAUGUAGCGAAAUUGGAUCUAACAAUUUGAUGAGUUUGGAUUUGUCAAACAAUCAAUUAAAUGGUGUGUUGCCUGAUUGUUGGAAUAAUUUAACCUCAUUACAGUUUGUUGACCUUAGCAAUAACAAAUUGUCGGGAAACAUUCCUUUCUCAAUGGGUGCCCUUGUAAACAUGGAGAUUUUGAUUUUAAGAAAUAAUACUUUGAGUGGGGAACUUCCCUCCUCCUUCAAGAAUUGCUCAAACAACUUGCGUUUCUUGGAUCUUGGACAAAAUAAGUUUCAUGGUCCAUUACCUUCAUGGAUUGGAGACAACUUAAACCAAUUAAUAGUCUUGAGCCUUCGGGACAACAACAUUUAUGGAAUUAUACCUUCAAAUCUUUGUUAUUUGACAAAACUUCAUAUCUUAGAUUUGUCAAUGAAUAACUUAUCAGGAGGAAUCCCAACAUGUGUAAAUAAUUUUACUUCCAUGACAAAUGACGUCAAGAACUCAACUACAUCAAUUCAGUACAGGUUUUCUAUUGCAAAUGUAUCUUUUGGUAUACCAUAUGAUUUGGACAUAUCUUUGACGUGGAAAGGUGUACACCGACUCUACAAAAAUGGAGAUCAGAUUCUAAAAACCAUUGAUCUUUCAAGCAACCAUCUUACAGGGGAAAUACCAACUGAAAUCCAAUACUUAUUUGGAUUGACUUCCUUAAAUUUGUCAAGAAACAAUCUCAGUGGAGAAAUCAUUCCAAAUAUAGGAAACUUGAAAUCACUAGAAUAUCUUGAUCUAUCAAGAAAUAAUAUUUCUGGUAGAAUUCCUUCCUCUCUAGCUCAUAUUGAUCGUCUCCCUUGCUUGGACUUGUCAAACAAUCACCUCUACGGAAAAAUUCCAACUGGAACACAGUUGCAAAGCUUUAACGCUUCGUCUUUCGAAGGUAAUCUCAAUCUCUGUGGAGAACCACUUGAUACAAAAUGUCAAGGAGAAGAGUCUCAAAAUCCACAACCAUAUGCAGGAGACGACGAUUCAAUAUUUUGGGAAGCAUUAUACAUGAGCAUGGGGAUAGGAUUCUUCACUGCUUUCGUUGGCUUGACAGUCUCAAUAUCGCUACUACCAUCUUGGAGAGAUGCAUACUCCAAAUUCUUGAAUACUUUGAUAUUGAGAAUCUUCAUGUACUGGAAUCACUUAAUGAAUGCGUUUGAUCGGUUGUUCUAAAGUAGACAAAUGAUGUCCAGGAUAUACUAUUUCCACUGCAUCAUUGGAUGAUUAAAUAAAAUGAAUGGGAUUGUGUUUUAACUUUCAUGUAAUAAAGUUUGAUUGUGUUUUGUUGCUUUCAUGUUUGGUAGAUUUUGUAUGGAAAUGUUAUGGUUUAAGUUGUCAAGUUAAUUAUAUGCUAUUUUUAUA